AUGGACGAUGCCACGACGAUCAACGCGGUGAUCGCAAUUCUAGUCAUCUUUGUCGUUCUCCGGUACGUGAUCUUCAAUGGCUCCGAGGAACAUAAUCCCAACCCAGACGCCCCCAUUGCUCACAGACCCGAUGAGUUCCGGGAGCUGUCCAACAUCGAGCAGCAUGCCGCCGCCCUGCAGGCCGAGCGAAUCACACGAGAGUACGACGAGCGACAGCGGCGACCGGUGACCCAGAGCAUGAUUGAGGUGGUCCAGGCCAUUGCUCCUAACGUAUCUGUGGCUCAGAUCCGAUGGGAUCUGGAAAAGACAGGCAACAUCGAGGCCACUGUGGAGCGAUAUCUGAGCGAGGGCACCCUCCCUCAUCCCCCCAAGUACGAUCCCGAACCUGCAUCCACGUCCAGCACACGAAAUCCUACAGAGCCAUCAAAGGCCAGCAAGAUGGAGUGGAAGAACACAAAAGAGGAGCGACAGGAGCAACUGCUCAAGCAGCGACAAACCAUGCUGGAGGACGCCCGAAAGAAGUUUCUGGACAAGAAGUAA